CGUUCGGUUGGCGGCAGUGGUAGUGGGCAAUCGCGCUCGACAGGCAGGGAUGUAUUUAUGCACUGACCGGAACGCUUAGGGGCGCAUUGCCAAUAAUCGAGUCGGUCGUGACGGCCAGUGAAACAAAAAAAAAUUGUUGAAUCUUCCACUGCCGCGUUCGCAGAAUUUUGCAGCAGAUUAUGAUCGUCAGACAGAAGGCGUUCGUUUUUGUGGUGGUUCUACUCGAGUGGACAGGCCAAUUCGUCUCGGCUUCGGACUGGAAAUACGGAAAUGAAGGUGCCUGGCCUGAAUUGUGCCAAAGCGGCUCUCGGCAGUCUCCCAUCGGACUGUCCCCGUCCAUCGCCAUGUGGAAAAAUUUCAGCAGAUUGAUAAUGGAAGGCUACGGUCAGCGUACGGUAGCGGUAAUGAAAAAUAACGGUCAUUCGGCCGAGGUGCGGCUCAAACACGUGCAAAAUCCCAAAGUCCACGGGGGCGGUUUGCCCGGCUUCUACGAGCUGGACCACCUGCAUUUCCACUGGCAGUCCGAGCAUACCGUCGACGAUAUCAGAUUUCCGCUAGAAUUGCACCUGGUGCACCACAUCAAGGGCAUGGAGAUGACGGAGGCGGUCGAGCAUCCCAAUGGGGUGGCAGUGUUCGCGGUUAUGCUCGAGAUCAGUCCCGACGACGAGGAAGACUUCGAACCACUUCUCGACAUCCUGGACAACUUAAAGGACACUGUCGGUGAAGUCCGGCAGCUGACCGACUUCAGUGUCAAAGACUUCCUGCCCAAGGACAAGGCGGGGUUCUACAGGUACGAGGGCUCCCUCACUACUCCCAACUGCAACGAGGGGGUGAUCUGGACCGUGUUCACCAACACGCUGAGAAUCUCGAGGUCUCAAGUGAAAAAGUUCGAGCAAAUCAAGACGACGGAAAAAUCGCCUCUGACCCAAAACUUCCGGGGUAUCCAGCCGCUGAACGGCAGGGCGGUGUACCUCAAAAGAAGCCCCGUAAUGGAUUCCUCGGCAAGAGGAGUGGUACCGUCCGCGUGGCUGGCCGUUUCGCUUGUCUACGUCGGGCUCAGAUGGUGAGCACGUUACAAAAGGAACGAAACGGAGCCGAAAUGAUUAAAUACUCGUCCGAAUGGGAACGGCACUUAUCAUAUUGAUAAAAUAGGAACAAACGUCGCAUAUCAAGACUAACAUAUAAUGUCCCGAGCUACGAAUGGGACCUUCCGGUGAAAUUGCAUUACUUAACCAACUUCCACGUGAUUAACUUCACGUUUAAAUCAAUGGAGAUCGUACAAAUAAUGAACGUAACCGUUGAAUUUCAAAAAGUAAAGCCUCCGUAAAUAAUUCGUAUUAAAUAAUAUAAUACGUUGAUGUCAACUUUACGUAAAAUAACGUCACUGACAAUACAUUUUAAUUGUUAAUAAAAAAUUUAUGACGAAUCGGUUUGUUUUUGU